AUGCCUGUGAAGAGAAAGGCUCCAUCGAGUGCCAGCGGCAGCAAAAAAGCCGGCAAAGACACCGAAGCCUCGACGCCUGGUCCCGCCACCCCGCGCAGCAUCAGCGGUAGCGACGAAGAUUACGAGUCUGAAGUGACGGAGGAGGAAUCAGAGACGGUCAAGAAGGCGAAGGCGAACCUCAGCGUCAGCAAAUACCAGCAGAAGAGGGGAAGUUCGUUCCUUAGGGGGCGAGACUCCGCGUCUCACCACUUCGAGGGCGGGAAUCAUGAUUUUUCAUACCUGUCGCUGAAGCCGGAUCAUCAUAAUCGCCCGCUGUGGAUCGACCCGUUGAAGGGGAAGAUCAUCAUGGAGAGUUUCUCGCCGUUGGCGACAGAGGCGCAGGAUUUCUUGACGACGGUUGCGGAGCCCCAGUCCAGGCCGCAGUUUCUGCACGAGUAUUCUUUGACGCCGCAUAGUCUUUAUGCUGCGGUGUCGGUUGGCCUGGACCCGAAGGAUAUCAUCAGUGUGCUGGACAAGCUGUCGAAGGUGCCUAUACCGGGCAGUAUCCGCGAGUUCAUUACAGGAUGUACCCACAGCUACGGCAAGGUCAAGCUGGUUCUGAAGAAUACCAAGCAUUUUGUGGAGAGUUCCGACCCGGAGAUGUUGCAGCGGCUGCUAAAGGAUGCGGUGAUUGGGCCAUUGAGGGUGCAUGGCACGGAGGACAUCACCACGACUUCUGCUCCUAAGAUGGGUGCCUUGGUCAUUCCUGGUACGAAGAACGCGGCUGGUGUACAGCAAGCCGGAGAUCAGCCUGGAAAAUCUCAGCAGCCCAAGGAUGGCGAGAAUGCAAACCAGGAAGACAUAUAUGCCAAAUUGAACGAGGAUGAUGAUGACGAAGACGAAGCCGAUGCUGUGCAUGCCUUUGAAAUCGCUGAUGAAGGUGUGGAAACGAUUCAGAAGCGCUGUCUAGAGUUGGGAUUGCCCGUCUUGGAGGAGUACGACUUCCGCAACGACGAUGCGAAUGCCAAUCUCGAUAUUGACUUGAGGCCUAUUGCUCAGAUCAGACAUUAUCAAGAAAAGAGCUUGAGUAAAAUGUUUGGUAACGGUAGAGCCAAGAGUGGUCUUAUCGUUCUACCCUGCGGUGCUGGCAAGACUUUGGUUGGGAUUACCGCUGCUUGCACAAUCAAAAAGGGUGUUAUCAUUCUUUGCACCAGUUCGAUGUCCGUGGUUCAGUGGAGGCAGGAAUUCCUGAAAUGGUGCAAUAUUAACCCCAAUGAUAUUGCCGUCUUUACGUCCGACAACAAGGAUAGGUUCACUGGAAAUACUGGUAUCAUUGUUACGACAUACAACAUGGUUGCUCAGCAGGGCAAGCGAUCGUACGAUUCCCAAAAGAUGAUGGACUUUCUCACAAGCAGAGAAUGGGGUCUGAUGAUUCUCGAUGAGGUCCACGUCGCGCCGGCUCACAUGUUCAGACGAGUGACAUCCAUCAUCAAGACGCACUCGAAGCUAGGUCUAACAGCCACUCUGCUUCGUGAGGACGACAAGAUCAGCGAUCUGAACUUUCUGAUCGGACCCAAGCUCUACGAAGCUAAUUGGAUGGAGCUAGCAGAACAAGGUCACAUCGCCCGAGUUCAAUGCGCCGAAGUCUGGUGUCCCAUGACUACAGAAUUCUACACUGAAUACCUCAAUCAAUCCAGCCGUAAUAAAUCUCUCAUCUGGAUCAUGAACCCGCGGAAAUUCCAAGCCUGCCAAUACCUCAUUAACUAUCACGAGAAGCGUGGCGAUAAAAUCAUCGUCUUCUCUGAUAACGUCUACGCCCUGAAGAUGUACGCGCAAAAGCUCAACAAAGUUUUCAUCUACGGCGAAACCGGCAAUACCGAGCGUCUGCGUAUCCUGGAGAAUUUCCAGCACAACAGCAACAUCAAUACUCUCUUCCUAUCCAAGAUCGGCGACACGUCGCUUGAUCUCCCUGAGGCUACAUGCCUCAUCCAAAUCUCUUCGCAUUUUGGCUCUCGACGUCAAGAGGCUCAACGACUGGGUCGAAUUUUGAGAGCGAAGCGUAGGAAUGACGAAGGCUUUAAUGCAUUCUUCUACUCCCUCGUCUCCAAAGAUACGCUCGAAAUGGUCUACUCCUCCAAACGCCAGGCCUUUCUCGUCGACCAAGGCUAUGCCUUCAAAGUCAUCACUCACCUCCAAGGCAUUGAGAACCUGCCCGACCUCGCCUUCACGACCCCCGCCGAGCGCCGGGAACUCCUCCAAAAUGUCAUGAUCCAUAAUGAAGCCGGUGGUGAUGAUUACGAGGAUGGGGACGAUUUGUUCCAUCGCGUCGAUGGCGAGAUGGGACGUAAGAAGAAGAAGAAGAAGGGAGCGAGAAGAACCGCCGGGAAUUUGAGCGAGUUGGCGGGUGGAAGCGACAUGGCAUAUGUGGAGAUGAAUCGCAGUCGGAACAAGGACUUGAAGAAGAAGAAAGGGGAGAGUAGUGCCUUUUUCAAAAAGAUCCAACGGGAGCAGGUCAAGAGGAAGGCGGCGAUGGAUUCCUGA